UAUAAAUCAUAUAUAAUCUAAACCAAAAACUACAAUUUGAAAAAAGGAAAGCUAUCUAUCCAUCAUUUCUUCCGAUCAUCAUCAUGGAGGUGAACACUCGACUGACUCGAGAAGAACAUCCAUUCCAAGAUUCAUCUGCAUGGUUUCUACGGUACCUUGACCACCAAGGCGACUGGCUUGAAAAAACUAGGGGAAACCUGGUCGUUGCUGCAACAGUCAUAGCUGCAAUGAGCUUUGGGGUAAUGGUGAACCCUCCAGGCGGUGUUUGGCAGAGUGAAGAUUGUUCCUCCAAAGGCCAAACUACUUUUCAAACCAGAACUUGUGAGGGGAAGCUUGGGACUUCGAUACUAGAGCACAAUCCUUCAAAGCGUAUCUUCUAUCUUGGCAUGGUCAUUAGCAAUUUGGUAUCGUUUUCCGCCUCAAUGGGUAUCAUUUUCCUCGUCAUCAUUGGCUUCCGAUUCAGGAACCGGUUAAUAAUGACGAUCAUGGUCAUGUUUAUGGUGGUGGCGGUUCUAUGUAUAUCGGCAGCCUUCUUCUUUGCUGCGGGGUUGGUUCAACACGAGGAUGAUUUCAUCGAGAAGAUUCUUCAAAUUUAUUUGGGAUUUUGGGUUUUGCUUCCUGUUUUAGUAAUCCUGAUCCAAUUAGUGCGGUUUUUAUGGUGGGUUAUUAGGUUCAUAUGUUGUGGUUGUGGACGUCGACCACGGUCUACUCCACGGUUGCUGCCUUUGGCUCUGCCACCUGUCCGUUGACGAAGAGGAGGACCCAUGGCUCGAACCGACGUGUUAAAUGGAAAUACUGUCAGCAAUGUGAUAAGUAGAAUAAAGCUCUCCCAUGUUGAUCAUUUUAAAAAGAUUUCUAUUGUAUGUGUGAUCUUAUUGUUUACGGAGUCGUCACUAGCUCUCAAUGGGCCUAAUGUAAGACUUUAAAAUGUGUCCCUCAUUUACUGAAAAAUAUCUUAUACUAGAAACCAUCUAAAUAAAUGUGAAUUCCUUAUAAA